UUAAAGAGAUUAAUAUGCCAGCUGAACAAAGGAUAAACACGGAGGCAGAGGGAGAACGGACUGUGACAAAGAUGUGCUGUGUUGGAUAUUCUUUUCUAUUGCUUGCAUUUUUAUUUAUUAGCUUGCCUCAGUGGACUUUAGGACAGAACUUGCAGGAGCAGGAUGGUAUAUGCAAUGCUAAGGGAUGCUACUCACUUCACCUUCAACGCAAGACUUUUCGUGAAUCCUGGAAAAGCUGCAAGGAGAAAGGGGGCCACCUGGCCACAAUGAGAGGACCGGAGGAGGCAGCAUUGAUCAAGGGGUUGCUUUCUGCUGGGGAGCGGCAUGGUCCACGGCCAAGGCUUAGGCUCUGGAUUGGCCUCCAGCGCCUCUCUCGUCAGUGCUCAGCCACUCGUCCUCUGAGGGGCUAUACAUGGAUCACUGGAGAUCAGGAAACACAGUAUACCAACUGGCAACGUGAAGACUCGCCCAAUGCAUGCCUUGCUCCUCGAUGUGUAGCGAUUACAUACAACACCACUGACAAAAGCAACAGUGACCAAAACAACUUCAAGUGGCUGGAUGGCUCGUGCAUGCUCGCUGUAGAUGGUUUCUUGUGCCGCUACACAUACCGUGGGAUGUGUCCUGCCCUGCAGAGUGAAGGAAAGGGCCCUGCAGUUUACACCACCCCAUUCACCCUGCUCAGCACCCUGCUCACCCAUGUCCCCUUUGGAUCUGUUGCCACCUUACCUUGUCCAGAUAGCACCAAGGGAGACCAAUCUGUUCUAUGCAUGCUCCAUGAUGAUGGGAGCAUUGGGUGGUCCAAGGAUGCCCCUCUCUGCUCCAAUGCUCCAAUAGACUGGUGUGAAAAGAACAAUGGAGGUUGUGAGCACUACUGUGUGAAUGCAGAUUCUCACUAUUACUGUGAGUGCUCAAAGGACUUCAAGCUAAAGGAUGAUGGGCAGAGCUGCCAGCCCUUGGAUCCAUGUCACAAUGCUGACUGUGAGUUUGAUUGUGAGCCCACUCAACAAGGAUACCGCUGCAAGUGUCCGGAUGGGUACCUUCUCUCAGAGAACGGUCUAAACUGCCUUGACAUUGAUGAGUGCUCACAAAAUCCAUGCCCCCAUAUCUGUGUCAAUGCACCUGGUACAUUUGAAUGCCGCUGCAAUGAAGGGUAUCAUCUGUCUGAAUUUGGAGAGUGUUCGGAUGUGGAUGAAUGUAAGGAAGGCAGCUGUGAGCAUGACUGUGAGAAUGCCCCUGGAACCUACACAUGCCUCUGUCAUGAGGGAUUCUCUCCUUUACCUGAGGAUCCAGAACGUUGUGGAGAUAUUGAUGAGUGCCAAACCUUGGGCAUUUGUGAGCAGAUAUGUAAAAAUUAUGAUGGUGGGUUUGAAUGUAGCUGUGAGACAGGCUAUGUGUUGCAUCAGGAUCAGUAUUCAUGCCUGCCUAUUGAAGAAGAACCUGAGUAUUACACAACUGUUGAAUCUGCUCAUCCAACACCCCUACUUUGGGAUAAUCCUAACUACUACACAACUGACAUGACAACAGACAGACCUUCAGAAUGGCUUACUGAUUCUCCAAGCAUAGACUGGAUUCCAACAGAGUUGGACUGGUUUACAGACAUACCACAAGAGGUCUAUGUUACCCCACAGGAACCAGACUGGAAAGAGCAGACCUCCAAUUUGCCAACAUCAGACUGGGUAAUGGAUCCAACAACAUUAAGUGUACCAGUCGACUCAAAUAUUGAGGAUGAAACAAGCCAGUGGAUGGAUGAGAGCAGGAUGUCAUCGAAAGGUGAUGCUGCACCUAACCACAUGCCUUCAAUGGCACCAACAGUGUUGCAAAAGAACAAAACUAAUUCUGAUAGGAUGACUCAGGCACCUCAGACUCUUGAUGGUAAUUUGCCAUCUUCCUCCAGCAGAGAUGUACAAUCAGGUGACAAAAAGAAACCUGAUAGAAGCUGGUUGCUAGUGGCAUUACUAGUCCCUCUCUGUGUCUUUAUUGUGGUCAUGUUAGCCCUUGGAAUUGUGUACUGUACAAGCUGUGCUGUUGAGCCAAGAAACAAAAGUGUGGCAGACUGUUACAGCUGGACUACGAACUCCAAACCUGCAAAUUCAAAAGUUGCAAAAUCCCUAGCUUGAAAAUGUUGCCCAGGACAAUGUGACUAUUAAAAAUAGCCAUGGUCUGGCUAUCUGUAAUGGGUUUCAUUUAACAUGGUGUGUUGAUUUAGAAGAAAGGCAUCAGCAAUCUUUGCAACAUGGAGUAUCUUAAUGCAGUCAAGUUUUCUUUUGUAUUUUGCUGUAUUUUAGGUGCUAAUUAAAUAAAAUAAGUGCUAGAAAUAAUAUUUCAAAAAGUAACAGCAAGCUAAAUGGUUUCUAGAUUGGACUGUUAGACUUACCAAAUAUUUUUCAUCAUACUGUAUUAGACAAAAAGUUUUCAGAUAUGACACCAAGUUGUAUUCAGAUGGAACAGAAGUGCUUUUAUAUGCCUAUUGACCUUGAUGUCCAACUUUAUACUGAUAUACCAUAUGAAUAUUCAGGAAGGUCGUAUUGCUGAGCUAGAUGUUUUG